AAUUUGAACCGAUAAUAAACCAAGCAAUAAUUGGUCAAGUUGAAGACUGGCUCUACGGACCGUACCCGACAAGUUUACCAAGUCUCCAGAGCUAUUGGCAAAACAUUCUUCAUCAUGCAGAUUUGAGCCCUGCUCCUGAUGAUGCUCUUUUGACUCUGUCGAUGAGUUUUGCACGUCUUGCUGCUAACAGCGCCAGCACUAACAACUGUUCAUUUGAACCCAGUAAAGUUUUGGAAGUUACAUCGUAUCAUCUUCGAGAUUCUUACAUGGGAACUCUGGUGAUGUUUGAAGGAAUAAUAGAAGAAGUGAAGCUACGAGUAGAAACAUGGGUACAGCCACAGCAUUACAUGUCAAUUUCAAAAGCUGCAGGAAUGUUUAAACGAUUACAGUAUCUGCAUGUUAGCUCAGAAUAUGACCAGAAAGAGCAAAUAUCACGCAAUUUUAUUCGCGCCUUGGGUCCUUUUUCUGAACCAGUGUUGAUUUAUCAGUUCCAUUCCAAUUCGAAUUCUGCCAGCUCUAAUGCAAACACCGCUCAUGCUGAACAUUCAGGAACGAAUGUUACCGUGUUAUGGAUCGAUCCAACUGGCCACAUUGCAGACGUAUCUGAGGUACAUCUGGAAGAAUCUGUAACUAUUGGUUCGGUUAAAUUAUUUAUUCGAGAACCACUCAUGCCAGGAGACUGGAAAGUUAAAGUUAUAUACGGUGGAUCCACAGUGGCAGAGACCAGCUUUUUGGUCACCCCGCUGCAAUUCGUAUCAGGAUCAGAAGUUUCUCAGCACCAAUCCAGAUAUCUUCAUAGUGUUCCAAAUAUUAGUCACAGUAUAAGUGAGUGGGAUAAAUUUCUAGAAAAUACUGAUAGAAGUGCCUUGUAUGAAAAGGCUGUGAUUAAUUCACGAAAAUUUGGAGUGGAUUUAAGAGAAUGGAUUGAUAGUUUAACUUCCAGAUUUUAUAAAGUUAUUAAAACUUGCUUGGCUUCAUCAAAGACUGUGUUCAAGCAAGACAUGUGUUUGAACAUGGACGAUAGCUGUACUAUGAUGAAUUGGAGUUCUCUUUAUCCAGAUCCCAAAUGUACGAUUAAAAAUGUUAAUGAAACCAGUGGACAUCUCAACAGUUAUAAGAAAAUGCCUACAAAUAUAAUAUUUACUUUAAAUCAAUGGCAUUUCGAUAAUUUAUUUAAGACUGGGGACCACAUAACUUUAAAAAGAACUCAAAACAUUUUUAAUUUUCAAAAUAACAUUUUUGAU